AUGGCCUUUUGGGUGUGGAGGCUGUUGCCUGGGAAUGCCCGUUCCUUGGUUACAUCGUCCAAGAGCUGGUGUGCUGAGGACCGCCGUCGGCGCCAGGAGGCCUAUGGGUACUUCCUGCCCAUCCAGACGAGGUGGCAGGACAACGAUCAGUAUGGCCAUGUGAACAACGCUGUGUACUACGGCUACUUCGACACUAUCAUCAACCAUUACCUCAUCAGGUACUGUGGCCUGCAGACCAACUUGCUGAUGUCCCCCCUGGUGGGGUUCAUGGUGACCAAUCAGUGCACCUUCCACAGCCCCAUCCGCUUUCCCCAGAUCCCAGCGGCGGCCUUGGCAGUGGAGAGGGUGGGCCGCUCCAGCGUACACUACCGACUCGCCCUGUUCCUGCCGAAGCCCACCCCGGAGCCACCCUCGGUUGACCACCGGGACCUCAGUGACGGCCUUUUCUCGGGUCACCCCAAGCUGGCGCAGUUCGAUGCUCUGGCCUGUGCCACUGGGUCUUCAGUUCAUGUCUUUGUGAAUCCAGCCACCAGCCAGCCGAUGAGCCUCCCGGAGGACUUCAGGAGAGGCUUACAGAAGCUGCUGGGCCCGGCUCUCGUGUAA